GAGAUUAGUGAACAAAACCUCUCAGCAGCCUCUCUCGUCUUCCUCCCCUCCCUUGUCUCUCCUCUGCUCCCGCUCCUCCUUGUACGCCCGUCCGGUGCUUGGAGAGAGAGAGGGGGGACGAGCGGCACGGGAUGGGCCAGGGGGUGAGCUGCGCCGGGUCGAGCUACGAGCAUGGCUUCUUCAGCGCCGUCCAAGAUGGCCACUUGGAGACAGUGCGCAGCGCCAUCGAUGAAGAUCCAUCGUUGCUCCGCCGCGCCACCAUCUACGAUCGCCUUUCCGCACUCCACAUCGCCGCUGCCAAUGGGCGCGUCGAGGUCUUGACGUUGGUGCUGGAAAAAUACGGAAAUCCUGAUAUAGCUAAUCGGCAUAAACAGACUCCAUUGAUGCUGGCUGCGAUGCACGGAAAGAUUGCCUGUGUGCAAAAGCUACUCGAGGCCGGGGCAAAUAUUCUGAUGUUCGAUUCGCUAAAUGGAAGAACUUGCCUUCAUCAUGCUGCUUAUUAUGGUCAUUCAAAUUGUCUUCAAGCCAUUAUAUCCGCUGCCCGAUCAACUGGCGUCGCUGAUUCUUGGGGAUUUGCCCGGUUUGUAAAUGUUAGAGAUGACAAUGGGGCGACGCCUUUACACCUUGCAGCAAAGCAAAGACGGCCGGAUUGUGUCCACAUUCUUUUAGACCAUGGAGCUCUUGUUUGUGCUUCGACUGGUGGUGGAUAUGGUUAUCCUGGGAGCACCCCUCUGCACUUGGCAGCUCAUGGAGGGAGUUUGGAUUGUGUUCGCAAAUUGCUUGCAUGGGGAGCGGAUCGGCUUCAAAGGGAUUCAGCUGGGCGAAUACCGUAUGCUGUUGCCCUCAAGCGAAACCAUGGAGCUUGUGCAGCUCUUCUAAACCCAUCAGCAGCCGAACCACUGGUUUGGCCUUCUCCAUUGAAGGUAAUCAGUGAACUUGGUCCAGACGCAAAGGCUCUGCUAGAGGUUGCUCUAACGGAGGCUAAUAAGGAAAGAGAGAAGAAGAUCUUGGAGGGAACAAAAUAUUCAUUGUCACCGCCUGCACAUUGGGAUGCAGCAAUUCCUGAUGAUAGUUCUGAGGCGAGUGAUACAGAGCUUUGUUCCAUUUGCUUCGACCAAGUCUGCACUAUUGAGGUCAAAGACUGUGGGCACCAGAUGUGUGCUCAUUGCAUGUUGGCUCUUUGCUGCCACAACAAGCCAAAUCCCACAACCUUGUGCUUGCCUUCACCAUCAUGCCCCUUCUGCCGCUGCAACAUUGCCAGAUUAGUGGUCGCCAAGACACAUGACAAAGAUGAAGGGGAAAAAGGCACCACCUCUAAGCUAAGGAGGUCAAGGAGGUCCCAUAACUUUAGUGCAGAAAGUAGUAGCUUCAAAACUUCGGCUAUGGGAUCAUUUAGUAAGAUGAGCCGUGGCACUGGGUGUAUUACUGAUAGCGAGGACAUGGUGGACAAGCCUUGAUAAUUGAAUUGCAGUUCACAUAGCUACCAGAUUUGAAAU